UGUGUGUGUGUGUGUGUGUGUGUGUGUGUGUGUGUGAGAGAGCAGCAGCUGGCUCAGACGUCUCCAGGGAGUGUCUUGUCGCUAAGAGGGUCCAGCGUCCCAGGAUCCCCUGCUGCGGCCAUCGUGGCAAGAGUGGAGGACGGGGUUAUCGGCUAUAAGGACCUGGCAGCGUUACCUAGAGACAAAGCCAUCCUGGACAUAGAGAGACCAGACCUGAUGAUCUACCAAAGCCACUACAGCUACAGUCCUCUGGAGAGGUCCUUGUCUCCUCGCUCCAUCUCUCCUCCACCCUCCCCUGAGAAGGAGUCCAGGGAGUGGUCUCCUGGAUGUUCCUCCCCUUGUUCCACCAUCCAGACCAGCAGUACACACAGCACACGAACACCACCAACACCAGACACGCCUCACACCGUACACUCCUCUGUUGUCAAGGGCGCCCUGCAGCACUUCCACAGGCCAGAUAAUGGCUCCAACCUCUAUAAAAAGCCUCCAAUCUACAAACAAGAAGUGUGUGUGUCCUCUCAGCUCCCUCAGGGGAAACACAUCGAGGAUCUGAUCAUCGAGUCUUCAAAGUAUCCAGCAGCUCAGCCUCCGGACCCCAACCUGCCCUCCAAGAUAGAGACCGAGUACUGGCCCUGCCCCCCCUCCGUGGCUGUUAUUGAGAAAGAGUUGAGGAAGAAGGAUCAGGAAGAGGAAGCAGAGGAGGAGGAGGAGGAGGAGGAUGAUGAGGUGUGGGGACUGAGAGCGCUUCAGAAACAAGAACUCAACAAGAUUCAGUCAAACCUGGGAAAAAUCAUCCUCAAGGAGGAGCUGGACAAGUCUGCAACUCCUCUGAGGAGGAAAAGUCGCUCAUUACCCGAAAGCAGUCAAAACACUGGGUCCAACGGCUCUAAGUCUGUGUAUUUCCCAGCAUCCUCUAAGAGCGGCCUGUCCAGGCUGCAAUCAGCAGAGUUCAGCUCCUCGGAGAAAGCCCCUGCAGGUCUUCAGAAUGGGGACUCCAGGAUGGACAGAGGAAAGUCCCUCCCCAGCAUGUUGGACCAUAAGAUUUGCCCCUAUGAGAUGCUGGUGGUGACCCACAGAGGGCGGAGCAAAAUGCCCCCCGGUGUUGACAGAACCCGGCUGGAGAGACACCUUUCUCAGGAGGAGUUCUUCAGUGUUUUCGGGAUAACCAUCGAGGAGUUCGACCGCCUCUCUCUGUGGAAGAGGAACAACCUUAAGAAGAAAUUCUGUCUCUUCUGACGCCGCUGGGACCGCGUCUCCCACAAUGCCCCUGCUCUUCUGGAUCACUGCAGGAUCCUGGAACGGGAACAACUCAGACUCAUUAUUAUCACCACUGCUUCAACCACCACCAUCACCACCAUCACAGUCAGACCUGUCAGUUAGACGUCAGGUUUGAUCACAGUGAAGGUUUGAAUGAAAACACAGUGGCUUUAGAUUCCUGCUGCACACAUGAACUGUUUUAAAGCAGAGCUGGAGAUUCCUGUAUCAUAAGCUUCUAGAUGUCUGUGGAAAUGUGUUAAUAACAAAACUGCAGAGCGAGCACAGGUCAGGUUUAAAUGUGGAAGCACAGAGCAGGUUGUGAUGCUAGUUUUGGAAGGUUAUACUCAAAUUGAGAGCAGAGCCAACACUAGUGGGUCUGACCUACAAAGGAAAAUCCCAGUCCCCUCCGCAUUCUUAAGCAGAUGUUGAAACAAAAUGAAUUGAAUUUCAGAAAGCAAUCUGUAGAUUUGCUUCUGUAGGCAAAUUGAUUCCUUGCUAAUCUGUUAGCGCUGAACAAGAUGCAUCGUGAUUUGCAUAAACAAGAUCAAUUUUCUCUAGUAAGCUACGGAGCUUCCUUGCUAGCUAGCUAAUAAUAGCUUUGCGAGAUACUUUGCUAGAUAAUUACCGAUAGCUUUGCAAGCUAUUUUGUCUAUCUAACACCACUUGGUGUGUUAGUAACUAGCUUGUUAACAAAUGAGCUCAGCAGCUAGCAUCUCUGCAAGAAUGCCUUCUAGGAGUAUGCGUUAUUUAAAGCCCUUUAUCAUGAUAUAUAUCAUUUUAAAUAUUAAAAUAUCUACAUUUGUUAUGAUAUAUCUUUAAUCAGUAACAUCAAGAAAGGUUUAACGGAUAAAAUAGUUAGACAGAAAUGUGUUUUAAGCUAAUCUGGCAAAAAAAACAUGUGACAGGUAAAAAAAGACCAAGAUGUUAAAGUAGCAGUAGACAAUCUUUCCAACGUUUCAUCCCUCCCCAACUUCUCUGAGUUGUGAUGCUGCCGCUGUCAGUCUGUCCUUCGCUUCAACCAGAACAACUAGUAAGCGAUAUCAUCUAGCGACUUCUGGAUCUAAUGCUAGCAAGCUUCUUUCCACAGUUUGUGCCGUAACUGGAGCCUUAAAUUGGAGGAGAUGGUACCCGGGUGAUAGAAAUGCAAUAGGGAAACAAAAUCAAAUGUUCUCCUUAUUGUCUAUUGCUACUUUAAUGCUUACUAAUGUAUUUGGAAUAUUGCCAUGUCCUACUGACCUUUUUAUACAGCAAAAUAUUUGACAUUUAUAUAAUUAUAUUGUCCAACCCUAAUCUCACUAAGCUUCAACAGUUUGUUUCAAAUGUUUGAAGACGUGGUAUUCAAGGAGUCUCUGGAUUAUGAAAGGAUGUAACAGAUGGAGGGGCUUCUUCUAUUCAAUCUGACAGAGAUCUUAAUUUCUAUCAGACAAGCAAAUAUUUUAUUAUCAAGCUUCUUGCUUCAGUCAGGCUUAAAAAUAAACAUUCCUAUAAACUCUGAUUCAGGUCUCAACACAGAUCUAUAUGAAUAGAGCUUUCAGUGAUAGUUCAAAAGUAUAUAUUUCUAUUGAUUUAGCCAUCUAUGAUGUCAUAUUGACAGGAUUUUUUUCCCAGCACCAAAAAAGAAAAAUAGGAGACAUUUUGAUCACAGUCAGAUUUUUAAGCUACACAUCCUGAGGACAUUAACUUACCACUAAAUAUAUGUAUGUCUGAUUUAUUGAUUUGUUAUAGGCAUAUUAUUUUCUUCCUCUGAGUCCAGGCCAGACAUGAAAAGCUAGUUAUGUUUUCCUUGUGCUUUACCUUAAAACUUCAAGAUGUUAUUAAAAUAAUAUGUCAUUAUGAACACACCUGACCACAGUCGCAAGAUGUUAGAAACACAAAGGAGCACAGGAAAUGUUACAUCA